CCCCCGCGAGGAAAUCCCCGCGCACUGACGGAAUAUUAUCGCCACAUCUCUCACACAAUUUCACCGUUGUUCUCUUUAAGCGCAGAUCUCUCUUCAGCAACAAGCACAUGUUUGGAUAUCGAGGGCUGCAUACGAAGAACAAGUAGGCAACGUCUCGGUUUGCGAUGGAAAACGCCAGUGUUGAUAUGGUCAGUGAGGUGAAGAUACGGAGUUAUAACGCUUUAAAUACGCUUUAUCACGAAACGCAACAAGAUAUCGUGAAUUUAAACACGCAGCUGUGCAUACGGGACAAUGUCAUUGGCGAAUUAAAAGCGAAGCUGGGGAAAUACGAACGGAUCUCUAUUCAUGUUGAUGAAAAUGAACCUGUCCUCGUUGGACCUUCCAAAUCAUUGAUCGAAAGCUUGUGCCAGGAAAUCUGCAAAUUGAAAAAAAGAAAAAAUGAGUUGGAGAUAAAAGCUGCCAGACAGGCAGACACAUCGCAACAAGAGAUCCAGCAUCUGCGGGGCCGUCUGGUGGAGAGCGAGCGGGAGCUGGUGCAUCUCCGGGCCCAGCCCGAGCACCGCAAGGACCAGGAGAUCCACCGGCUGCGGGCCCGCCUGCUGGAGCAGGAGCGAGACGGCGCCACACGGGCCGUGCUCUGCAGCUCGCUGGCGGAGGAGGCCGAGCAGCUCCAGCUCCAGCUGGGCCUCACUAUCCGGACCUGCCAGGAGCUGAUGGCCCGGCUGGAGGCAGGGAAGGCCGGAGGGGGGAGAGCAGAGGAGACCCCCUCCCAGCAGAAACCAGAAGAGACGACAGAGGCCUCCAGCUCGAUGAGUGAUAUCGCUGUGGUAUGUCAACUUAAGGAGGAUAAUAGACUGCUUAAGCAGCGAGUGGCACAUGUGGAGAACCUGAACGCUAAAUGGCAGCGGUACGACUCCAGCAGGGAGGAGUACGUCAGAGUGUUGUGUCACAGGCUGAGAGACUGCAGCGCCCAGGCCUCUGCCACCGCCACCACCACCAUCACCAGCAACAGCAGCAACACCACCAGCAACAACAGCAACAACAACACAGCCGGCCUAGUGCUUCUCCAGCAGGAGGUGACCAGACUCAACGGCCUACUGGCAGACAAGAUGGACGACGUUGAUAGGCUGGGCCGGGAGAUAGAGGAGACCAGGAGACGGAACAAGGAGCGGACACAGACCCUGGAGCAGCAGGUGCUGAUCUACACGGAGGACUUCAGGUGGGAACGGGCCGACCGGGAGAGAGCUCAGGAGAGGAUCCAGAGCCUGCAGGACCAGCUCGCCCGCCUGCAGCAAGAGCUCCACGUACAGGAGCCAGAAGAUGAGAGCCUUGAAGUGGCACCCUUGCGUCGCAUGGUGCACACCGAGCAACGAAUCUCCCCGAGGCAUCACGGGCAACAGUUGGUACGGUCCGCCGCUGAACCGUCACAACAGCAGCAGCAGCAACAGCAGCUGCAGCUGCAGCAACCACCUGCAGUCGCCAUGGCAAUGCCCAGCAUGGUGUGGGGGGGGCAUAGCCAGGGCCAAGGAGAACUGUUGUGCCCGCGCUGCCAGAGCAGGUACAGCGACGCGGACACCGUGGAGUAUCUGAACCACUGCCAGGAGUGUGCCAACCUAUGACCAUAUAUAGCCACGCCACACUGGCACUGAAAACCACUGAACACUACAUACCGGAGAAAUUUCGUAUUUAUUUUUGUUCAUGAUACAUGUGGGGGAGCUUCAAACGUUUUUACUACAGCUCCAUUGUCCUUGGAUUGGGUUCAUGUGAAGUUAUCAUAUGGCCUGUUUAAGACCCAUUUUGUGUUUGUAUAUAAAUGUGUAUAUGUAUAUAUUUAUAUAUGCGUGUGUGUAUAAAUAUAUAUAUAUGUAUGUUAUUUUAUUUUUAUUUAUUUAUAUACUGUAUAUCAAACUAUAUCAAACGUGAGAUAAACAGAUGCAGACGCAAUGCGAUAUACCUCAAAUUUGUAAUUGAAAACAUUUUUGCACUUUUCUGACUUAUCUUAAAAUCAUUUAAAGGACUACCAUAUAGGAACAUGUAAUGUAUAAGCUGUUGAAACGGUUAUUGAUACCAUGGUGCUAUUUUUAUUCUGUAAUAUUUAGCUUGAGUUUUUUCUGACUGAAUAUUAUUAGUUUUAUAUAUUAAAUUAUGUAAUAUUUGUAUCUGGAAAAUAUUCGUAAUAUAUUCUUCAGCUAUAGUUAUAUAUUAUUUUUAAACAAAUAAAACAGUUUCUUGUGUA